GUUUGCUGUAUCUAGAUUCAAUCGAAGCUGUAUAGAUAGUGAGCUUGUCAGUUAGGGUUAUUUAUUGAAGAAAUUAGCAAAUAUUUCCCAAUCUAAUGAAAGAUCCAAAGAUAUAUUGAAACUUUCUCAUUUUUCAUUGCUGUAUGGGACAACAGAGAAGAGCCGGAAGUUGAAAUUGUCAAACUUAAGUUGUUUAUUAAUAUUUGUACUAGGCUAAAUGGCAAAAUAUGACGAUUUAAAGUUUCCGUAUUGUGAAGAAGAGACUAAAUAUGAAAAACUAUUGAAAAUAGGUCAAGGCACAUUUGGUGAAGUGUUUAAAGCAAAAGACAGAAAAAACAGAAGUAAAUUGGUUGCUAUGAAGAAAGUGUUGAUGGAAAAUGAAAAAGAAGGUUUUCCUAUCACAGCUUUACGAGAAAUUAAAAUACUCCAGUUAUUGAAACAUGAAAAUGUUGUAAAUUUGAUUGAAAUCUGUAGAACAAAAGCCUCACCAUAUAACAGAUAUAAAAGUACAUUCUACCUCAUAUUUGAAUUUUGUGAACAUGAUCUAGCUGGACUUCUCAGUAACAUAAACGUCAAGUUUAAGCUCUCAGAAAUUAAAAAAGUGAUGUCUCAGCUUCUAAAUGGUUUAUAUUUCAUCCAUAGCAACAAAAUUCUUCACAGAGACAUGAAAGCAGCAAAUAUACUUAUUACAAAGAAUGGAGUGUUAAAGUUAGCUGAUUUUGGAUUAGCUAGAGCCUUUAGUUUACCAAAACAUGGACAAUCGAAUCGCUACACAAAUCGUGUGGUGACUUUGUGGUACCGCCCACCUGAACUGUUGCUAGGAGAAAGGAAUUAUGGACCUGCUAUAGAUCUGUGGGGAGCUGGAUGCAUCAUGGCAGAAAUGUGGACACGAAGUCCCAUAAUGCAAGGCAACACAGAACAACAUCAACUUCAACUGAUCAGUCAAUUAUGUGGUUCCAUUACCUCUGAUGUCUGGCCAGGAGUUGACAAAUUAGAUCUUUAUGAAAAAUUAGAAUUACCAAAAGGUCAAAAACGUAAAGUAAAGGAAAGAUUAAAGGCCUAUGUCAAGGACACCACAGCUCUUGAACUGUUAGACAAACUAUUAGCAUUAAAUCCUAGCAAGAGACUGGAUAGUGACACAGCUCUCAAUCAUGAUUUUUUCUGGGUUAGUCCUGAACCUGAGGACCUUACACCUAUGUUAUCAAGACACACUACAUCAAUGUUUGAAUACUUAGCCCCACCAAGAAGGCGUGGUCAACAACCCCCACCACCAAAACCUGCACCAAACAAUGAUCAUCAUUUCGAAAGAAUCUUUUAACACUAUGAACAAGCGGUUGCCAUUCAAGAUACGCCCACAUUUUGCAAGAGAUGGACAGAGAACAGGCUAAACAGAAAAGCGAUUUUUCGUACAAUAAGGGGCCAUAAUACAGAAAGUUAGGGCCUGAUUAGCGCAAAUAUUGAAAGGAUCCCAGAUCUUUGGGAUAUGAACACAAAUUUUAAGUUUCAUCAAAAUCGUGACCUCAGAGGGUCCACAACCUUGGCAGUACAUACUUUUACACUAUUUGCAUAUGUGGAGUGGCCAUUUUGUCGGGCAGAUUCGGUCCGAUUUUCAAGAAAUUCAAACUCAAACAUCAUAAGUGUGUAACAGUGAUAUAUAUAUUUAAAUGUUUUUUUAGAUCGUGACCUCUAGAGGGUCCAUAAGCUAAAAACACUCAGGGGCCAUAAUCCAGGAAGUUACAUUCCAGUAUCCGCGAAAGGAACCAAGAUCUUUGUGAUAAAACAUAAAUUUAAAGUUUCAUCAAAAUCGAAUCAAAACUGUGACCUCUUGAGGGUUCACAACCCUGAUAUACCAUACAUUUACACUAUUUGCAUACAAGGAGCAACCAUUUUGUUUGGCAGUGAUAAAACAUAAAUUUAAAGUUUCAACAAAAUCAAAUCAAAACUGUGACCUCUUGAGGGUUCACAACCCUGAUAUACCAUUCAUUUACAAUAUUUGCAUACAAGGAGCAACCAUUUUGUUUGGCAGUUUUGGUCUGAUUUUCACGAAAUUCGAACUUAACCAUCAUUUUGGUGAAAUGGUAAUAUAUUCAAAUUUUUUUUAAUUUGGAUAAAAAUUGUGACCAUGAGAGGUACCACAAGCUAAAAACAAGAUUUUUCGUACAAACAGGGGCUAUAACCCAGGAAGUUAUGUGCAAAUAUCGAAAGGAACCGAGAUCUUUUCGUUAGAAACAAACAUUUCAAUUUUCAUCAAAUUUGGAUAACCAGCGGCUGCCAGGCAGGAUACGCCCACAUUUUCCAGAGAUGGAUAGAAAACAAGCUAAAACGAAAGUUAUUUUUCCUACAAUCAAGGGCCAUAAUUCAGGAAAUUACAAUUCGAUAUGCGCAAAUAUCGAAAAGAACCAAGAUCUUUGAGUUAUAAACUUACAUUUCAAGUUUCAACAAAAUCGGAUAAAAAUUGUGACCUGUAUAGGGUCCACAACCUUGAUAUACCAUAUUUUUACGCAAUUUGAGAACGAGGGGCGGCCAUUUUGUCUGUCAGUUUUGGGCCGUCCUUAUGGUGUAACGGUGAUAUAUUAACACGGUUUUUUAAAUCGGAUACAAAUGAUGACCUCUAUAGGGUCCACAAGCCAAAAAACGCGUUUUUGCGUACAAUCAGGGGCUAUAAUUCAUGAAGUUACGGUCCGAUAUGCGCGAAUAUCGAAAGGAACCAAGAUCUUUGUGUUAUAAACUUACAUUUCAAGUUUCAACAAAAUCGGAUAAAAAUUGUGACCUCUAUAGGGUCCACAACCUUGAUAUACCAUGUUUUUACGCUAUUUGAGAACGAACGGCGGCCAUUUUGUCUGUCAGUUUUGGGCCGAUUUUCACGAAAUUCAAACUCAGCCGUCCUUAUGGUGUAACGGUGAUGUAUUAACACGGUUUUUUAAAUCGGAUAAAAAUUAUGACCUCUAUAGGGUCCACAAGCCAAAAAACGCGCUUUUGCGUACAAUCAGGGGCCAUAAUUCAUGAAGUUACGGUCCGAUAUGCGCGAAUAUUGAAAGGAACCAAGAUCUUUGUGUUAUAAACUUACAUUUCAAGUUUCAACAAAAUCGGAUAAAAAUUGUGACCUCUAUAGGGUCCACAACCUUGAUAUACCAUAUUUUUACGCUAUUUGAGAACGAACGGCGGCUAUUUUGUCUGUCAGUUUUGGGCUGAUUUUCUCGAAAUUCGAACUCAGCCGUCCUUAGGGUGUAACGGUGAUAUAUUAACACGUUUUUUUUAAAUCUGAUAAAAAUUAUGACCUCUAUAGGGUCCACAAACCCAAAAAUGCGUUUUUGCGUACAAUCAGGGGCCAUAAUUCAUGAAGUUACGACCCGAUAUGCGCGAAUAUCGAAAAGAAUCAAGAUCUUUGUGUUAUAAACUUACAUUUCAAGUUUCAACAAAAUCGGAUAAAAAUUAUGACCUCUAUAGGGUCCACAACCUUGAUAUACCAUAUUUUUACGCUAUUUGAGAACGAACGGCGGCCAUUUUGUCUGUCAGUUUUGGGCCGAUUUUCACGAAAUUCGAACUCAACCGUCCUUAGGGUUUAACGGUGAUAUAAUAAUACGUUUUUUUUAAAUCGGAUAACAAUUAUGACCUCUAUAGGGUCCACAAGCCAAAAAACGCUUUUUUACGUACAAUCAGGGGCCAUAAUUCAGGAAGUUACGGUCCGAUAUGCGCGAAUAUCGAAAGGAACCGAGAUCUUUGGGUUAUAAACUUACAUUUCAAGUUUCAACAAAAUCGGAUAAAAAUUGUGACAUCUACAGUGUUCACAAGCCCAAAACGUGAUUUUUCGUACAAUCAGGGGCCAUAAUCCAUGAAGUUACGGUCCGAUAGAUGCCAAUAUUGAAAGAAACCGAGAUCUUAGGGUGAUAAACCCAUAUUUCAAGUUUCAUUGAAAUCGGAUAAAAAUUGUGACCUGUAGACUGUUCACAAACAAUUGUGGACGGACGGACAGGGGCGACGACAAUAUACGUCCACAUGAAAAUGUGGGCGUAUAAAAAUUGUGACUACUAGAGGGUCCACAACUUUGGUAUUACAUACUUUUGGGUCAUUCUAUAUCAAGUGGAAGAGUGCAUGUAAAGUGACCUCCACAGAAUAUUAUGAAAAAAAAUAUAUGUUAUAGUACAUGACAUACAAAUUUAUGUAAAUCUGCAAAGUUAUAUGACUCUUGCCUUAAUAUUGACUAAAAUAUGGCCUUUUGAAUAGGGGUACCCUUUUGCAAGUAUGACUCGAUUUUAGUGUACUGAUUUUAUUUCUUCUAGUUGGAAAAUAUUCUUGAAAUUAUACAUAUACAGGUUAUAGAAGCCAUGGGUUUGCUCUUGCAGGGUGUGAUUUUAUAAUAAUUUAACUAUUAGAAUUGAUAUCCUUUCAUAUGGGCAAAAAAUCUAAAUAUAUUAACAUGUUAAAAAUCUUGAAUUUCCCAUGUUUUUGAUAUUGAAUCAUUUAAUAUGGAAUGACCCUUCUACACUAUUUAUGGACAGUUUUGGUCCAAUUUUCACAAAAUUUGAAUUCAAUCAUCAUUAGGCUGUAACGGUGAUAUAAUUAAACGGUUUUUAUACGUCCACAUUUUCAUGUGGUUAAAAACAAAGUCAUGGGUAUCACAAAACCAUCUUUUAUAGUAUCUAACGUUUCGUAAGUGUAAAAACUUACUUCUUCAGAGAAUACAACUACGCAAAUGAUACAUUUUAAGUACAAGGUUAGUCAUGGUAACCAGUGAUGUCAUAAUGUUAAUAUGAUGUCAUAACUUUGAUGACAUAAUAUAAAGAAUAAGCUAAAUAUAGAUAAAUGAUGUAUAGUUAAAAAAAAGGUGUAGAAUUAAUUUACAGGCAUUUCAUUUAAACCACUAGGCCAUACAGUGUUUAAUCUGUGGAUCCAAAUCCAAUGUGAUUCAGCAAUAUUGAGUUUGGCUCUAUCGUUCCGUGGGAUUUUAUCCAGCACAGUGCCGACAUAAGUAUAAGAUUCAUUACCAGGUGUAUUAAAGUGUGGGGCUAUGUGAGGUGAUUUUCCAAUCUUUUUCAAUUUAAUAUUACUUCUAUGACUAUUAAAGAUACAUGUACAUUGAGGGAGAUUUUAAUAGAGAGUUGGCCAUUCUUGCUAUAACAGUUCAAAAUAGAUGAUAAAAGAAGAAUAUAUUGAAAAUUUCAGUCAAAUUACUUUAUUCUGAACAAAGUUAUCACUUAUUGUAAUUUUUGACUAGAAAUAGGAGUCAACUCUCUCUUCACCGUCUCCGAGAAUGGCUGAUCGUUUGAUUGACAGGCGUUAACUCCACCUACAUAAUCUCGAUUAUCAAGUAACAUUUUCAAUGGCUGUGGUACCGUAAGCCUAUUCGGUUUGAGACGGGGUUGCAAUUCAAUUCGUAUCACAUUUAUUUUUACUACAAAUUAAAAAUAAGACUUUUAAAUAUAUAAUAAGUGAAAGUUUGAAAGGAAUGGACCAAAACAAUAAGGAAUAAUUAUAGCCAACUUCUUGUUAGCCUGUGUCUACUCUUGUACUGUAAGUGGUGGUAGGCCUACGUAACUCCCGAAGCAGACAAAUAGGAAACAGUGAUCCAAUGGGGCUGCAAUUCAACUGGGGUGAUGUUAGCUGUGAUGUUUAUCAAUUUCCAUAAUUUUCUGUAAACACAAGUGACAAAAGAGCGUAUUAUACCGACAUCCAAACUCUCAUUUUAACCACAACUAAACAUAUUAUCAAGGCAGUAUGUAUCGAACUUUCAAUCAAAUUGACUGACAUGCGACCUCGCUCAACAGCAGCCUCGCUUCGUACACUCUAUCGUUUAGCCUCGAUCUAAAAUUUCCGGGAGUAUGACGUCAACGUAAUGGUUAAUCUCCGCUAACGACGCCAUUUAAAAAUCCUGUUUAAAUCCAAGCCGAUUCCAAGCCAUCCGUGGGUCUACAGAGCUGAUUUUGUGCUUGUUGUGUAAAUAAAGAUCUAAUUUAUAAUUUCUAUGACAUCUGAAGCCUAAAUAAAGACUUGAAAUAAUCAGAUUUAGCUCUUGCAUAAUGUAUGUUUAAGUCUAGUACUAAAGGGGGUGAUAGUUUGGCCAACAUACUGUUUCUUACAAAACUCACAAGUUAUUCAAUAUAUGACAUUAGAACUAUGGCAAUUUAAACAAUUAGCCGUAAUAUUAAAUAUAAUUAAGUCUAUACAGUGUUUCAUGAUUGUACGGACGAUGUGGACGGAUUGGUAACACUGAGAUAUAAAAUACACUAUUUAUGGUUCAGCCAUCUUUAAUCAACCAACUUCCUAAAUGGAGAUAACUCUAUUCUGCUAUAAGCCAGGAGGGGUUAUCUCCCAUUUUACAUGUUAAUACUAAUACAUAAUAAAGAGUACAAGGAAAGCUUGUACAUCAUAUUACAUCCCUUUUGUUUUGGAAUAAAAAUAAUUUUAAGCAUUAGUAAAUACUUCAUUGAUUACGCAUAUAGUUCAAAGCUUAAUUUUUAACUUUUGCAUGUAAUAAAUUUGAUAAUGAAAAUUGAAACUUGAAUAAAAUUGUAUGAAAUACUCUAAAAUACUACUUGUUAUUUUGUUAUCACAUUUUAGUGAUCACAUUUUAUAACACAGUUUUUGGCACAUGUUAAAUGUCUAAUUUCUUUGGUUUGGUUAUAGUGCGACUAGAUUUCUUUCUGGAUGGUAUGCUGCUAUUGGCUUCUGGUUUUUGGUUGUUGAGUUGUAUGGAGUGUUCUGGACCAUUUUCAGAGGAUCUCUGUUUUAUGUGUCGUCUGUUUCUCCGAUACGUUUGGUCAUCUGAUGUUCUGACGAGGUAAGAUCUGUGUGGCAAAACACUGGAAAUUAUGCCAGGUGUCCAAGAUUUGUUGUUGUCGCUUUUCUGGACGUACACCUUGUCGUUAUGUUGAAGGUCUGGAAGCGGCUUAGCUGUUCGGUCAUAAAAGCGUUUCUGUUGGGUUUGUCUGUUUUCUCGUGUGGCACAUACAUUGGCAGGAUCUUGUAUUUCAGGUUGGAGUUGUGUUUCUGUUACUGGGAGGAUGGAACGUAGACGGCGACCCAUUAGUAAUUGUGCUGGGGAAGCUAAAUUGUCUAUUGGAGUCACUCUAUAUUCCAAAAGACUGAUAUAUGUGUUUCCACCAUCUUUCUUCGUUUUGUUUAAAAUGUUCUUUGCUGUCUGUACACUUUUCUCAGCCAGACCAUUUGAUUGUGGGUACUUUGGACUAGACGUGAUGUGUUUGAAAUCCCAAGUCUUGGCGAAAUUGUAAAAUUCACUGGAGGAGAAUUGCGGACCAUUAUCACUGAUAACUAUGUCUGGAAUGCCGAAGCGAGCAAAGUUUGCUGAUAGUUUACUGAUAACUGCUGCUGAUGAGAGAGAAUGAAGUUUGUCGAUCUCGAAGUAUCGGCUGUAAUAAUCAGUGAGUACGAUGUAGUUCUUGUUGUUAAUGGUGAAUAAGUCCGUGCAUACUUUCUGCCAAGGUCGUGUUGGUAUCUGAUGUGGUUUUAGUGGUUCCUUCGUGUUGGAAGACUGUUUCUCGCCACAUAUUGUACAGUUGGUGACAAUCUUCUCAAUGUCUCGGUUCAUGCCGGGCCAAAAUAAGAUGUCUCUGGCACGCUGCUGACACUUUUCUAUACCAAAGUGACUAGAGUGUAUCUUUGUCAACAUUUCGGAUCGUAGGCUCUUGGGAAUUAUUAUUUUGUGUCCCUUGAAUAUAAGAUUCUCCAUGACUGUGAGUUGGUCUCUGUAAUUCCAAUAUUCUUGUACCUCUGAUGGGCAUUUCUUGCGGUGUUGUGGCCAUCCAUCUAGAAUAGUUGUUUUCAACUUGUUCAUUUGUUGAUCUGUUGUUAUCUCUUUCCGUAGUUUUGACAUUUUCUGAUCACUAACUGGUAGGUUGGCUAUUACGCUGUGGACUAGUAAAUCCAUUUCUUGAGACAUGUUAUCUGGUGGUAUUGUGAUGAAAUUACGACUAAGUGUAUCUGCUACAGGAAUGUCCUUUCCGGGUACAAAGAUAACGUUAAUGUCGUAUUUCUGUAGUUGUAGGAGCAUCCGUUGUAAACGUGUUGGUGCUGUCGCUAAUGGUUUCUUCAUUAUGGUUUGGAGAGGUUUAUGAUCAGAUUCAACUGUGAUCUGAUGUCCGUAUACCAUUUGAUGAAAUUUUUUGCAACCAAAUAGCACUGCAUACAGCUCUUUUUCAAUUUGAGCAUAAUUCUGCUCUGAUGUUGUUAAUGAUUUUGAAGCGUAUGCUAUUGGUUUCUGCUCCUGCAUAAGUAUUGCUCCAAGUCCGUGUUUUGAUGCGUCAACUUGUAGCGUGAUAUGUUUUGAUGGAUUGAAGUACGCCAGCACUGGUUCACUGGUGAUUAGUUUCUUGACAUGGUUUAAAGCGCUGUCAUGUCUCUGAUCCCAGUGGAAUGCUAUCGUCUUCUUCGUUAGUUCCCUUAAUGGAGUUGUAAUUUCAGAAAGUGAAGGCGAGAAUCUGGCUAGGUAGUUGAUCAUUCCUAAUAUUGUUUCCAGUUCUUUCUUGUCUGAUGGAGCCUUCAUUUCGUCGAUUGCCUUUACUUUCUCUGGAUCUAUUUUGAUUCCAUCAGCUGUAAUAAGGUGACCGAAGUAGCUAACUUCUGUGGUCCCUAUAACUAAUUUGUCUGGAUUCAAUUUAACAUUUUUCUGGCAACUUCUAUUAAGAACUGCGAGCAAGUUAGCGUCGUGUUCUUCACGUGUUCUGCCGAAUAUUAAUAUAUCAUCUACGAUCGCUAUGCAUCCGGGAAUAUCGCCAUAGAUUUCGUCAAUCUUACGUUGAAAAACAUCUUGAGCUGAGAUGAUCCCGAAAGGCAUGCGCAGGAAUCUGUAUCUGCCGUAUAUUGAAUUGAAAGUUGUUAGGUAUGAAGAAGAUUCCGUUAGCUUGAUGUUCCAAUAACCAGAUCUAGCAUCUAAUUUGCUGAAAAACUUGGCUCCAUUAAGUAAGGCAAAAGCAUCAUCAAUAGUUUUAAGAUGGUAAUGAGGUCUUUUAAUCGCUCUGUUUAGGUCCAGAGGAUCCAGGCAUAUUCUGAGUUUUUUGCUGUGUGGUUUUUCUACCACGACUAACGAAUUUACCCAAUCUGUAGGUUCUGUAACCUUUUUAAUGAUGUUAUUCUUCUCCAUAUUAUCAAGUUCAUUCUUGAGGCGAUCCUGUAUGGAAUGUGGAACUCGUCUCGGAGCAUGUACUGCUGGGACGGCAUUAUCUUCGAUUUGAAUUGUGACUUCGCCAUCAAAUUCGCCAAUUCCUUUAAAUAUAUUUUUGUAUUCAUUCAAAACGGAUUCACGUGAGAGUGGAAUCGUUGCUUCUUCGAGAGAAAAUAUGAAUUUUACCAACUUCAUUUUGGUCAAGAGAGGCAAGCCUAGUAUGGGAGGACCUGUGGUAUUUAUGAUGUAAAAUUUAUCAGUGGCUGAUUUGGUUUUAUAGCUACACUGUAAAUCUAUGAAUCCGUGGACUUUUAAUUGUUGUCCUGAGUAUCCGGUGAGUCGCUCUUCUGUGUUCUUCAAUAGAGGGGGGUUUGGAAUUUUCUGGAAAUGGUCGAAUGGUAGGACAUUGACUUGAGAUCCUGUAUCAAUUUUGAAAGUUGUUGUUUGCCCUUGACCUAUUUCCAAUUUUACAAAAGCUUGGUCUUUUGGUGUCCCUUUGCCCUCUAUAGAGUCAAUAUAUAACUCGCUGACAUCAGUAUCCGAGUAGCUGUCAUCAUCCUGAUCUAUUGUGUGUAUCUUUCUGUGAUCUCUGUAAUUGAAAGAACCAGAACGGCAAACAAUUGCAAAAUGAUGCCAUUUUCUGCAUUUCGAACACUGUGAUCCUUUUGCUGGACAUCUUUGAUGUUUUCCGUGCUGUUGACCACAGAAUGAACAGCGUUCAUCAGGUUGUCUGGAACUCUGAUGUGAUCGUUGCCUUUGGCCUUGUCUUCGGUUUCGGUUAGCAUCACUGUGUUGCGAUCUGUCAGUGUGCUUAUGUCGGAACUUUGAAAUAGCGUCUACUGUUUCUAGAGAUUGCUGUGGCUGUGCUUUGGAGCUUGACAUUGAUUUAAGGUGAGAUUGUGUUAUUUCAUGUGAACGACAUACGUCUAUAGCCUUUGUCAUGUCCAACGUAUCUCCAAUAUCGAGAAGUUUUUCCCUGACUUUCGAGUGCAGGAUUCCACAGACAAUUCUGUCUCUGACCAUUUCUUGGGGCUUAUCAUAGGCACAGUCUUGAACCAAGAGCUGCAGGUCUGUUGUAAAUUGUUCUAUUGUUUCCCCUUCAUGUUGUAUUCUUGUCUGAAAUUGAUAUCGGGCGAAUAACGAACUUGACUUUGGGGUCACAUACGAGUCAAAUUUAUCUAGAACUGAAUUUAAACUUGCUGCUUCUUGUUCUGUAACUGUGAAUGUGUUAUAGAUAUCUCUGCCUUUCUCACCGGCCCAAAUUAAAAGGUACGCACACUGCUCAGCCUGUGUUGCUUUCUUUAAUGGUCCCAUAAACAUCAAACGGACGUGUUGCUUGAACUUUUUCCAUGCUUCGGGAAGGUUCUUUGAACUCCAGUCUACGUUAGGAUGCGGUGUAGAGGACAUUGUUUUGCUAGUGUGUGUAAAUCAGUUAUGGCGCCGAAAUUAGUGAGUUUGACAAAAAAUGUUCCUGUAUCUUAAUUCCGCCCCAUCUGUCGGAAAUUCGUAUUUUAUAAUGAGGAGUGAGGAUUUCUUUUUAGUUUUGAUCCAUUCUGACACCAUGUUUCAUGAUUGUACGGACGAUGUGGACGGAUUGGUAACACUGAGAUAUAAAAUACACUAUUUAUGGUUCAGCCAUCUUUAAUCAACCAACUUCCUAAAUGGAGAUAACUCUAUUCUGCUAUAAGCCAGGAGGGGUUAUCUCCCAUUUUACAUGUUAAUACUAAUACAUAAUAAAGAGUACAAGGAAAGCUUGUACAUCAUAUUACAUACAGGUAAUGUGACUGGGGGUUUCAACAGUAGCACACGCUUUACAUUUAGGUCUAAAACAUGUUUUGCAUCCUCUAUAAAAGUCACUGUCAACUACAGGCACUUCAGGUGUUUUCAGUCUAUUCACGUGUAUCAAUUUACCAAUAGUCUUACAUUUCUUCUGGGAUAUUACGAUUUUUGAUUUAUCCAACAGUUUAGACAUAAGGAUGCUAGUCUCUAAAAUCGAAGUAUCUUGCACUAAAGUAUGUAAAUUAGGUUGACGGGGGUCAUAUGUGGUUACCCAUGGUAUAAAUUUCUUCUUAUUUUAAUAUCUUUAAUCUUAUAUUGCAAUAAUUCAUUUCUGUUUUUUUGAUGGACUUUGUUAAAUUCUUUUUUGAUGACUUUAGUUUUAUAUCCGCAUUGUUUUAGGUAAGUUUCAAAUUCAGUUAAAUGGUAGCUGGUUCAUUCAGCUUUGCUGUCCCAUGGUAAACUAUGGAAUUGAAGAUAUGAUGAGGAUGACAGCAAGAUGUUUUAAGAUAUUGAUGACUAGCUGUUUCUUUGCAGAAUAAAUUAGUUUCUAGUUUGUUGUGAUGAUUGAUGACUUUAACGUCUAAAAAUGAAAUUUCAGUAUUACUGAUAUUCGUAGUGAAUUUGAUUUUAGGGUGCUGUUGGUUGAGGGUUAUUAGAAAAUUUUGGCAUUCUUCCAGGGUAGACGAAGAAAUGGCCCAUAUAUCAUUGAUGAAUUGAAAGUGUUUAUCCGGCCUAUUAGGUAAAUAAUUCCAGGGGCGGAGAUCGCCAAAAAUUAGUGGUGGGGACGGUCCAUGCGCGGGAGACUAUUGGUAAAGAGGGGGGGGGGGGGGUUGGGGGGUCCUCCUCCGAAAUUUUUUGAAAACUAGACACUCUAAAACGCACUCUGUGGGUAUUUUCAGCAUCAUUUUCUGGCAAACAAUUCUAAUCCCUGAGGCAGCAAAUGAUACGAAAUCUAAUCUAAAGACAAAUCUUCAAGCCACCGUUCACGAUUUAUUCUCUCAUGUACACUACAAGAACUAGAAAUAUUUACACUACUGAGGUUCCAGCUCCGCCUCCAUUCCCAGUAGUGUUCGAAGACUACGUAAAAUGUGUAUUCAAUUGGAUACACAAAUGUACAGGCCUACAAAUCUUUUAAUUUAUAUAAACUAAAACAAGCCACACACACAGCCAAACAUAUCAAUAUUCAAUCCCAAUUGAAACUAGAACUGCGAAGCAGUAAUGACGGGUUUUUCCUGGUGCCGUGUUACCCUUGAACUUAUGUCACUUUUGGUGACAUGUUACCCUUGAACUCAUCAAUUCCAGUACCAAUGGAACAGAUAAAUAGAUAUCCACAAACUUUGCACGCAUCAAAUAAAAUGGAAGCAGAAUCAACCAAAUCCAGCAAUACCAAUUCAUUUUAUACAUGUGUUACAUGUAAGUGAUCCCGACAAAAUUACAUUACUUCCGGUGAUAAUGGAAAAGUUCCAUUAGUUUUAUGAAAUCAGAAAUGGCAUAAGGCAUCGCAUGGUGAAAAUUUAUGUAAAUCGAAUAUUAAUUGCUACUUUUAUAGACCAAAAACCUUAAAAAGUGACUUGUAGAAAAUUGUCUAUUUCUCUGCAACCGUACAAGUUAGAAACCAUUUUUUGGUAUCUGUAUGAUCGUGUGGGUUCAAUCUAUAUCAUAAUUUUAAACACUUUACAAAUCAGACGCAUUUGAAUAAAAUAUCUUCUUUGAAGGCUAAAAAUACAGUUUUUGGCCAAAUGACGUUACUUCCGGUGAUAAUGAAAAUCUUAAAUUACUUGUAUGAAAUCGUAAAUGGCAUUGGGUAUCAAAUACUGAAAGUUUUAUGAAAAUCGAAUAAUAAUUGACACUUUUAUGGACCAAAAACCUUGAAAUGUUACCUUUUGAAAAUCGUCUGUUUCUCCGCAACUGAAAAAAUUAGAAACCAUUUUGUGAUAUCUAUAUGAUCGUAUGGGCUCAUUCUAUUAGUUGAUUGGAAUCAAAUAUCAAAAUUUUAAACAAAUAACAAAUACGACUCAUUUGAAUAAAUUAUUUGUUUUAACGGCUCUAAAUACAGUCACUCGUGCAAAAUUGCCCAUUUCUCGGCAACUGCUCAUAUUACAAACUAAUUUUCACAUACAUUCUCUUCGUAUGGAUUGUUGCUACGAGUUAAUGAAAGUUACGAAGAAAUAUUUUAAAAUAUUAAGACGCUGAAUGGGUUGUAAAUAGCUUAAUUUUACACCUUAUUUAUACGUCCGUAGACGUAUAUUGUCGUCGCCCCUGUCCGUCCGUCCACAAUUGUUUGUGAACAGUCGACAGGUCACAAUUUUUAUCCUAUUUCAAUUAAACUUGAAAUAUAGGUUUAUCACCCUAAGAUCUCGGUUCCGAUAUUGGCCCCUGAUUGUACGAAAAAUCACGUUUUUAGCUUGUGAACACUGUAGAGGUCACAAUUUUUAUCCGAUUUAGUUUAAACUUGAUAUGUAUGAUUAUAAUCCAAAGAUCUCGGAUCCUUUCGAUAUCCGCGCAUAUCGGAACGUAACUUCCUGAAUUAUGGCCCCUGAUUGUACGAAAAAUCGCGAUUUUAGCCUGUGGAGCCCAUAGAGGUCAUAAUUUUUAUCCGAUUUAAAAAAACGUAUUAUUAUAUCACCGUUAGACCCUAAGGACGACUGAGUUCGAAUUUUGUGAAAAUCGGCCCAAAACUGACAGACAAAAUGGCCGCCCUUCGUUCUCAAAUAGCGUAAAAAUAUGGUAUAUCAAGGUUGUUGACCCUAUAGAGGUAACAAUUUUUAUACGCCCACAUUUUCAUGUGGACGUAUAUUGUCGUCGCCCCUAUCCGUCCGUCCGUCCACAAUUGUUUGUGAACACUGUAGAAGUCACAAUUUUUAUCCGAUUUGGUUUAAACUUGAAAUAUAUGUUUAUAACCCACAGAUCUCGGUUCCUUUCGAUAUUCGCGCAUAUUGGACCAUAACUUCCUGAAUUAUGACCCCUGAUUGUACGAAAAAUUGCGUUUUUAGCUUGUGGACCCCAUAGAGGUCACAAUUUUUAUCCGAUUUAAAAAAACGUGACAAUAUAUCACCGUUACAUCCUAAGAAUGGUUUCGUUCGAAUUUUGUAAAAAUUGGACCGAAACUGACGGAUAAAAUGGCCGCCCCUCAUUCGCAGAUAGUGUCAAAAUAUUGUGUAUCAGGGUUGGGGACCCUCUGGAGGUUACAAUUUUCAUCUGAUUUUGAUGAAACUUGAAAUGCAUGUUUAUAACCCACAGAUCUCAGUUCCUUUCGAUAUUCGCGCAUAUCGCACUAUAACUUCCUGAAUUAUGGCCCUUGAUUGCACAAAAAAUCACGUUUUUAUACACCCACAUUUUCAUGUGGACGUAUAUUGUCGUCAAUCCUGUCCGUCCAUCCACAAUUGUUUGUGAACACUCUACAAGUCACAAUUUUUAUCCGAUUUCAAUAAAACGUUUAAAUAUAUCACUGUUACAACCUAUUGAUGCUCAACUUUGAAUUUAGUGAAUGUCAUACCAAAACUGACAGACAAAAUGGCUGCUCUAUGUAUGCAAAUAGUGUUAUAGUAUGUAAUAUUAAGGUUGUGGACCCUCGCUAGAUGUCACAAUUUUGAUCCGAUUUUGAUGAAACCAUGGACCUGUAUUAUAAGGUCCAUGAUGAAACUUAAAACAUGUGUUUAUGUCCCAAAGAUCUCUGUUCCUUUCGAUAUUUCCUGGAUUAUGGCCCUUGAUUGUAGGCAAAAAUCAUUAUAUUAGCUUGUUGACUGUUGACUCUCAUAGAGUCACAAUUUUUAUUAUACGCCCACAUUGAAAUGUGGUCGUAUAUUGUCGUCGCCCUCGUCCGUCCGUCCGUCCGUCCGGCGUCCACAAGCUCUAGAGGCUAAAGUUAAUAUCCGAUUGACUUUAAAUUUAUAUACAGUGUUUAAGGUCAUGAGACGAAGAAACCUAUUGAUUUUCAGCGAUUUCCGAUAAUUACUGCCAGAGUUCUGGCUCUUGAUCACUUCAAAAAUAUCUUGUGGACGCUCUAGAGGCCAAAGUUAAUAUCCUAUUGACUUUAAUUUCAUACACAGUGCUUAAGGUCAUGAGACGAAAAAUCCUAUUGAUUUUCAGCAAUUUACGAUAAUUACUGCCAGAGUUAUGGCCCUUGAUCACUUCAAAAAAUCUUGUGGACGCUCUAGAGGCCAAAGUUAAUAUCCGAUUGACUCUAAAUUUAUACACAGUGUUUAAGGUCAUGAGACGAAGAAGCCUAUUGAUUUUCAGCGAUUUCCGAUAAUUACUGCCAGAGUUAUGGCCCUUGAUCACUUCAAAAAAUCUUGUGGACGCUCUAGAGGCCAAAGUUAAUAUUCGAUUGACUUUAAAUUUAUACACAGUGUUUAAGGUCAUGAGACGAGGAAGCCUAUUGAUUUUCAGCGAUUUCCGAUAUUUACUGCCAGAGUUAUGGCACUUGGUCACUUCAAAAAAUCUUGUGGACGCUCUAGAGGCCAAAGUUAAUGUCCGAUUGACUUUAAAUUGAUACACAGGGUUUAAGGUCAUGAGACGAAGAACCCUAUUGAUUUUCAGCGAUUUCCGAUAUUUACUGCCAGAGUUAUGGCCCUUGAUCACUUCAAAAAAUCUUGUGGACGCUCUAGAGGCCAAAGUUAAUAUCCGAUUGACUUUAAAUUUAUACACAGUGUUUAAGGUCAUGAGACGAAGAAACCUAUUGAUUUUCAGCGAUUUCCGAUAAUUACUGCCAGAUAAUUAUGGCCCUUGAUCACUUCAAAAAAUCUUGUGGACGCUCUAGAGGCCAAAGUUAAUAUCCGAUUGACUUUAAAUUUAUACACAGUGUUUAAGGUCAUGAGACAAAGAAGCCUAUUGAUUUUCAGCGAUUUUCGAUAAUUACUGCCAGAUAAUUAUGGCCCUUGAUCACUUCAAAAAAUCUUGUGGACGCUCUAGAGGCCAAAGUUAAUAUCCAAUUGACUUUAAAUUUAUACACAGUGUUUAAGGUCAUGAGACAAAGAAGCCUAUUGAUUUUCAGCGAUUUUCGAUAAUUACUGCCAGAGUUAUGGUCCUUGAUCACUUCAAAAAACCUUGUGGAUGCUCUAAAGGCUAAAGUUAAUAUCAGAUUGACUUUAAAUUUAUACAGUGUUUGAGGUCACGAGGCGAAGAAUCCUAUUGAUUUUCAAAGAUUUCUGAUAAUUACUGCCAAAGUUAUGGCCCUUGAUCACUUUGAAAAAUCUUGUGGACGCUCUAGAGGCCAAAGUUAAUAUCCGAUUGACGUCAGAUUGAUACACAGAGUUUAAUAUCUUGAGACGAACAAGUAUAUUGAGUUUCAAUGAAUUUUUAUGACUUGGAACAGCUAAAUCCAUGAUACAGUAUUAAAAGUUUUGUAUACAAAACGUUAGCAUGGUUUUCUGAGUUGUUGCUCUUAAUCAGAUUUUAGUGUAUUAUAAAUGUUUCAUUACCGAAAAAAGUAAAAAUAUGCGACAACUCUUGUUGACUGCCCGGACGAUUUAGCUGCUGUGGGCGUAUGUUUCAUUGCCUGGCAACCUAUCUUUCGAUUUUAAAAAUUGUUUAAAUAUUUCAUGUUUACAUCCUAAUGAUGGUCGAGUUCUAAUUUCAUGAAAAGCAAACCGAAACUGCCAGACUAUUUGGCCAUUCCUUUUACAGUCGGACCAAGACAGAAGACCACUCGGACCAAUGUUUUUGAAAUAAUAAAGUAUUGUUUUAAUAAAUUGAUGAUUGUGUUUGUUUUAGUACAUUUGUUUUCUUUGUAGCCUACUUAUACUUGUGUUAUUAUAUAUCAUGAAGCACAGAAAUAAAAAAAACCCAUUGACAA